AUGGUAGUCACUGGUGACAUACCGGCCCCUCCCACUACAACUACUAUAGAGUUUGUUGCACUUGUUGCAGUGAAGGUCGAACUUGAGAUAUAUGGGCAGUUCUUGAAUCAGCGGGAUACAAUUAGUUCUAAUUCAGUGGUUGAAGAGAACAAGGAUAUCAAGAGUCAAAUAACUAAGCUUACCAAUGCUCUUGUUAUACAAGAAAGAGGCAAAAUUCCAUCUCAGCCUCAGACCAAUCCGAAGGGGUCACAUAUGGUACAGGAAUCCACCUCUGAUUCGAAGAACAUUAUGGGGGUCCACGCCAUCACUACUCGUAGUGGUAAGGUUUUAGAUGGGCCUUUGCCAAGCCCCUCUCGCACAAAUGUCACCACUUCAAGAAGAACUGAAGAUGCCCCCUCAAAACAGCUAGAAAAGGAGGCUACAAUCCAAGUACUAGCUUAUGCCAAGGUGAUCAAUGAUCUAUGUACCAUGAAAAUGAGACACCAUGUCAAGAAAAUUGCAUUUCUGACAGAACAGGUAAGUGCAGUGAUUGAGCAGAGAACAUUGCCGAAGUACAAAGAUCCAGGGUGCCCCACAAUUGACUGCCAUAUUGGGACACAAGAGUUCAGUCAAGCUCUCUUGGACUUAGGAGCAAGUGUAAAUUUAAUGCCUUAUUUGGUUUACUUGCAAUUAGGUCUUGGAGAGAUAAAAUCCAUGUCUGUGGUGUUACAGCUAGCUAACCGUUAUAUUCGGAAAUCGAGGGAGAUAGUAGAAGAUGUUUUGCUUCAGAUUGAUAAAUUCUAUUAUCCUGUUGAUUUUUUGGUUUUAGAUACUCAAUCUGUGAUUGACAGUGAGUCAAAGAUUCUGCUUAUUUUAAGAAGGCCAUUCCUUGCUACAGCCAAUGCUCUUAUCAAUUGUAGGAAUGGUUUGAUGGAUCUUUCAUUUGGGAAUAUGACUCUUGAGGUGAAUAUUUUUCAUGUUGGAAUCACCAAGACGAGGACGAGUGCUAUCAUACCUACAUGA